AUGGACGUGGUAGACGUGUCAUCUAUUGAAUCUGUACAAUUCCUAUCACAAAGGGAUUUAUUUGCUAUUUGGCAUAAUUAUUGGACUUUCAAGAACGGAGCACUAGACAAAGAAAUUCCCUGUUCUUCCAACCUUCGAGCUGAAAUACGUCCUUACGGGAAAAGUCGUGCUGGAUAUCUCGGUGACCAUUUCAUUCUGGAAUUAUCUACCCAUCAACCUGAUUCGCGCCUGGAACUGUUUUUAAAAACUACGCCAACUUCGAUUCCCAAACUUUCCAAUUACUUAUCUGCGAUACGGACAUCCUAUAAAGAAGCAAGAGUGUAUAGUGAGCUAUUUCCCGAACUACGACGCUUUUCUCGUUUUGCACCGUUUUGUUUUUUAUCCGAAAGAACAGAAGGCAAAGUGUUGGUGUUGGAAAAUUUAGCCACAGCAGGCUAUCAGAAUUUUGUCAGUGUAGAGCUUGGAGUGCUGGAUGAAGAACAUUUAAAAUGUGCACUUGCUUCAUUAGCAAAAUUUCAUUCCGCAACGCUGCUUUUUGAGCAAGAGAAGGGUGGAAGUUUACUGGCACAUUUUCCGGAAUUAUUGAACGAAAACGCAUGGGUUCAACGAGAAAAUAAUCCUCGAGUAGAGGAACUCAAUAAUGCGAUUGAUGUUUUACUUGCAUUCGUUGGUGUGAUUGAAAAAGAUGAGGAACGGUUACGAAAAGCGUUGCCGAGUGUUUCAAAGUUUAUAGUGCAAAUUUACGACCUUGUAAAACCCUCGACUAAGUUUAGAAAUGUGGCUUGUCAUGGAGAUCUGUGGACUAAUAAUGUAAUGUUUCGUUAUGAAACAAAUGAGCAACGGGUACCAGUGGAAUGUUUGUUAAUUGACUUUCAAUUUAUGCGUUAUGCGCCACCGGCGUAUGACGUAAACAUGUUAAUAACGCUUACGACCACUAGUGAAUUCCGGCACCAGCACUAUGAUGAACUGACAAAAUACUAUUACCAACUUUUGGUAGCUGAAUUGGAAAAACAUACAACUUUGUGUUCAGAAGGCAAUGUUCUAUAUUCCGAAGAAAUGUUUCAUGAGUCCUGUGCGCUGUACAAAACAUCAGGGAUGAUUGAAAAUUUCUUGAUGAAUCAUGUUACUUUACUGCCGCGUUGUUACAUAGAUAACAUAUUUUCCUCUCCAGAGUGCUACGAAACGUUUAGUGGAACUGAAAAAAUUAAGUUAUGUUUGGAAGCUUUUCAGAACGAUAACAAUUAUUGUAAAAGAAUCACCGGUAUCAUAACCGAUUUACUACAAAUGCUGCAAAAAAUGGUGCACUCAUAG